AUGUCCUCUUACGAAGACGACGGCCCUUCCCCCCUUACGAGAAUCGCUCAAUUAGAGUCUCUCGACUAUAAUACUCUUUUGGAUCAGCUCGCUCUCGCUUACGACAAUCCAAACAAAAUUCAAAAAGCUAAGGAUAAGCUGCUUGCUUGCAAGCAAGGUACGGACGCUCUCUAUAUUUACGUCUUACGCUUCGAACGACUUUUGCACGCUGCUCGCUAUCAGACUUGGCCCGACGCUAAUAAGAUUAUUGCGUUCCGCAAUGCUUGGACGCUCUUCCGGCCUUUCCGGCCCGUCCCACGGAUUCUCUCGGCCUCCGGCCCUAUCGGCUCCUUAGAACCGCCCUCGCACGUCAACGGGCCCUCUUCCCGGCGACCUAAUGGACCUUUCAACACUAAGCCCUUGACAAAGAAGCGAGUUCUUUGGGACCCUUUUUCGGACCGACUUGUCAGGGAAAAUGAAGGUUUAAGCGAGUUUGACUCGGACGAAAGGGAGGAAAUUUUAGCGGAAUGGAACGCUUCUAGAGGCUACGACGCUGACCCUGACGAUUAUCGCGAUCUAUAG